AUGUCUACAUCAAAUACAAUAAAUAAUCACUAUAACAUUAUUUAUGAACGAUUAUUCGCAUUAAAAUCAUGGACAAAUGAACAAAAGAGACGCUUAGUAGAAAUUAUUGCCGAUUGGACAAAUAAAUAUGAACAUUCAAUGCCAGCACAAUUAAACAAUAAUCUGAAAUGCUUACGAGAACUUAUUACACAUAAAGUUGUUAUCGCACCAUUACUACCAAUAGAAACUAUUUUUAAAGUUAUACAAUCAGAUCAUAUUCCAGCUGAAUUAUGGUUCGAUUGUCUGAUGAAUGUAGUUGAAGUAUCAUCAGAUAAUAAUAAUAAAAACAAGAUCUUAUUCGAUUUUACACCAGUAAGAAUUCCUACAUCAUCUAAUAUGUUGAAUUCAUAUUUAUCUGAGCAAGGAUCACAAAAUGAUGAUAUAUUGGAUCAAUCAUCAAUUAAAGAUACUACUUUAACAGAACAAUUUUUUUCACUUGCUUCAUCACUAACUAUGUCAACAAGUACAUGGCAUAAACUUCUUAGCGAAGAAUCAUUAGAAGAAUAUCAAACAAGAUUACUUACUAAUCUUGAAGAAUUAUAUCAACUUAAAUGGGAUAAAUUAUCUGUAGAAUCGCUUAGAAAUACAUUUACUAAUUCUGAAAAUUUUAGUAAUCUUUCAUCGAUUAAAAAAGCUUUAUUUGUGAUUGAAACUAUAGUUGUAAAUCGAAUCUCAAUAAAAUCACAUAUAGAACGUAUUAUAAAUAAUAUAACUAAAAGUUCUCCAAAUAGAUGGAUGAAUGAAUUAAAUAAAAUUGUUAAUGAACAAAAUAAAAGUAAAUCAUUAAAAAAAUUACUUGAAGAAUUAGGUGAAGUAAAUUCAUUCAUAAAUCUUGAUAAUUUGGAACAACAAUAUAAAAAAGUAAUGAAAUAUUAUGAAAAAGAAACAAUACGAAUGACAUCAUUUGAUAUUCAAACUCAACAAAAUUAUAUUGAUGAAUAUUAUAAAAUAGCUGUUAUUAUUCAAGCUGUUUAUAUAUUUAAACAAGUACGACCAAGAGAUAUUCAAAUUUUAUCACUUCUUCUUUUCAUUGAAAAUGAACGUAAAAAACGAGGACGAUUAGCUCAAAUACGUACAGGUGAAGGCAAAUCAAUUAUUGUAGCAAUGUUGGCUGUCUAUUUAUCAUUAGAAUCAUCAAAAAAAUAUGUUGAUAUUAUAACAACAUCAGAAAUUCUUGCUCAACGUGAUACUCAAGAAUUUGCAUCUUUCUAUCAAAUGUUUAAUCUUACUGUUGGACAUAAUUGUCAUGAUCCUUCUGAAAAUUCAAACUAUAAUUUUGAUAUUAUUUAUGGUACAGUAACACAAUUUGCUGGUGAUUUACUUCGUACUGAAUUUUAUUUAAAUAAAGAAGUACGUGGUGAUCGACCUUAUUCAACAGUUAUUGUUGAUGAAGUUGAUAGUAUGUUUAUUGAUCAACGUGAACAUUUUACACAAUUAGCAUCAUUAACACCUGGUUAUAAAUCAUUAAAUAUUAUAUUAAAAUUUAUUUUUGUAUUUUUUAAAAAAUAUAAUAUUACUGAAAAUAAUGAAUUUAUUAUAAAACAAGAAAAUGGUUUUGUUAAAGGUAAAAUAAAAUGUGCUGAUUUCAGUACAUAUUAUAAUAUAACAAAUAGAAAUUAA